AUGGCAGACGUGGACCGCAAACACGGCCUAGACGGCGACCCUGCGCUUCGCCCGCAUAAGAAACUUAAAACUUCGGAGCUUCCCUUGGAGCAGUCGAAGCGCUCUGCCAUUGAUCAACUUGUGCACACAUUCCGCAAGAAGGGCGAAUUCGACAGCAUUCGCAAUGCGGUGCGGGCGCAGUUUGAGGCCAGCCCUGCGAAAGCCGACCUCCUUAAAUCCCUAGAAGAACUAGUCGAUCGCGAAACCGACAAGACCCCCUCAUUACUAUCAAGAGAUCCCAACAUGGCUGCGGGACUGAUCGAAGGCGCUGGAGAGCGCAGCGAUAUAUACAAGGCAGCACGCGACGCUAUUGAAGAAAUGGUCAACAAUCUCAUACAGUCCCAAGGCCGUGAAAAGAUGCGCGAAUAUCGCGUGGCUGAAGUCGGAGCAGAAGUGGCUGCCGAAGAAGAACAGCGAGGGAGCAAAAGCGAGGAGGAAUGGGCUCGCGAGGCAGAGCAAAGGCGCAGUGAGCGCGAAGCUGUGAGGGAGAAGGAGAUGGAAGAGGAGCGCGCGCGCGAGAAAGAAGAAAAGGCAAAGAGAGAGGAUCGCCGUCGCCGUGAGCGGGAGGAGGACGAGGCUCGUGCAAAAGAACGCCAAGCCCGUGCGGACAAGAGGCGCGAAGAGGAAGAGGAACGUCGACGCCACGACCGCGAGCGCAUCGAACGCGAGAAAGAAGAAGAUAAGCGGAGCAGGCGGGAAAAGGAAGAGAAGGAGGAGGCCGAACGAGCUGCCCGCCUCAAGAGGAUCCGAGAAGAAGACAAAGAACGUGAACGUAAAUUUGAGGAGGAGGAGCGACAACGUGAGCGCGAACGAGAGCGUGAUCGCGACCGGGACCGAGAUCGAGACCGAGAUCGCCGUCGUGAUAGUCGACGUGAGCACCACCGGGAAAGUCGAGCACGCAGCAGGACACCAGACCGGCGUAGAGAUCGCUCGAGGGAUCGCGACGAUGACCGCAUAAGAGCAAGACGCAGGUCGCGCACAAGAUCACCCAAGCCUGUUAAGGAUGUCAAGGUUCAAGAUAACAAGGUCGAAGAUGUCAAAAUUGAAGAUGUCAAAGUUGAGGUCGAUGAUGAUCUGGCACUCAAAGCUCUACUCCAGGAAACCGAAGAGAUGAAGAAGUCGAAGUCCCGCGGGCCUUUUCUCUCGCGGCGUUCAGUAUCACUCGAGCCUCCACCACGGAAAGCGCGCCCACCAAAGUCUUUGGUGCCGGAGGAUCCAGUCGCUGCUAGGUUGGCCGCGAUCGACAGCAAAUCACACUCACCAGCAACCAAAUUACCCACCAAAACGGAGGAUAAAACCGGGGGUUCGCCAGCUAUACCGAAAACUCCAAAGGAUGAAGGCCCCCUUAUAGAGGAAGGCCUCAUUCUUAAUUCUACCGAGUCUGAUGCCAAGACGAGGUGGGACAGACCGCCUCCUCACAACAAGCACGACAAAUCUAGGGGUCAUUCCCGCUCUCGUAGCAUUGCUCGUAGUGUGAGCAUGCGAAAGCACAGCCGGAGCCGCUCACGUGGGAGCCGCAUCGACAGGCGUGCAUCCAUUGUCGAAGACGACCGCCGCUCACGACGAGACAAUGAGAAGCGUUCCUCGAGGGCUCGCGACGACAGCAGACGGAAGGCUAGAGAUGAUCACGACGACAAGCGCUCUCGUCGUGACGACCGGGACUCGCGCCGUGCACGGAGUCCGUCUAGAGAAACAUACUCUUCUCGUCGCAAGUCUCGCCGGAGCCCCUCGCCUGACGACCGUCGUAAGGACCGCGCGAGAUCUCGCUCCCGUACGAGGUCUCGCUCUCGCGGGGCCCCUCGCAACCGCGAGCGCUCGCCUGCUGGGCGUCGCCGUGGCGGCAGUCGUUCCCGGAGCCCUGAGAGGAUUGAUCGCUGGGCGCCAGGCGGUGGUCGUAGACGGGACGACAGUCGCGAGAGGAACGACCGGGGCGAGCACACGAGGUCUAGGAGGGACGACAGGAGGGAUGACAGGCGGGACGACAGAAGAGACGACAGAAGAGACGACAGGCGAGACGACAGGAGAGACACCCGUACGAAACGUGACUACGAUCGCUACGAUGGGAACCGCGAUGGUAGAACCAGAUUGCAGGAGUCAGACCGUUACCUCCCCGGUCGCGAGUCUACCACUACCCAGACCGAUCGCGAGCCGGACCGAGACCGCGCAAAGGAGCGCGACAGAAGCCGAGAUCGUGAUCGCGAUCGAAGGCGGCGCGAUCGCACUCGCUCGCGGAGCCGUAGUCGUAAUCGGAGUCGCAGCCGGAGCCGCACUCGUCGCCGUUAG